ACAUCAGAGGGUCUUUACAGGAGCUGAAGGGUCACCCUGAUCUCUCUGUAAGCCAGACAGCUGUUGGAUUCUGCACCAUGAUGUCCACCCAAAGGCACAGUACUGGCAUUCUGACCAGAAAGGAAAUCCUAGAAAAUGCAUUCUUGGCCAGAUCCUCCAGCCAUAGCUAUUCCUCACCUGUUGUGAGUUAUUACAUGGAUUCUAGCAGUGCUUCCAAACCCGAAUCUUGGGAGCUUCCCGUGGACUUGGACAACACAGCAAGUGGCAGUUCUCUGUGUGUUGUCAAGCAGGUGGAGUCUCUGAGCAGUGGUGUGAAGGCUGAGCUGCACAGCCUGACCCAGGGCAUCUCUGACCUCAGCCUCAUCUGCCUCUGCAAGGCCCAUCACAGCCAGGCCACCUUCGAGCUGUCUGGUUUGCCCUGCGAGCACCCCAGCAGAGACAGCUGCCUGAUGAACGUGGGGUCACAGAACACCUCGACACCUUGCAAGAAAGACAAGCACUCCAAACCACUGGAGAGCCUGCUCUUCAGGAGCUCUGAGCUGGCCGGAGACAUCUCAGCCCUUGGGAAAGUGCCAGCAGCCGGGUGGGACAUCUCAGCAAUCAAAUCUGUUAUGGAUACCAGCACGUCCCUCGAUGUGAGCACUGAGGAGUUAUGGGUGCUGGGAUGCUCCAAAUCAGACACAUCAUCCCUGGAGACACCUGUGGUGACUCCUCUGGCUUGGCCUAGUGCCUUCAAGAAGCACCCCGUGCUGAUGCACAGAUCUGCCCCCCAGGAGAGCCAGCUGAGCGACCCUGAUGCUGCCCCUGUGUUUCUGCACCAGCCUCUGUGAUGCUGCUGCCCUGGCUCCAGCUGGAGCUGCUGGGUGCCUGCCCCUCCUGCGAGGAGCGGGGACCCACGCUGCAGCACAGAAGACGGAGCCAGCAGCUGCUGACAAGCUGAAUUUGCCCAUCCGCUGGUGGGGGAUGUUUGGGCUGCUGAUGGCAGCCCCGAGAGCUGCAGCCGUGCUGGCUCCUCCUCCUGCCGAUCCCUCUCUUUUGUAUUGGCACAAU